CUCCUGGUCUCAGUGCACAAUCCUCAACACAUCCACACUCGUCAAGAUGAAGAUGCUCACUAAGUUUGAAUCGAAGUCUUCUAGGGCCAAGGGUGUUGCCUUCCAUCCUAGAAGGCCAUGGCUUCUUGUUUCGUUGCAUUCGUCGACCAUCCAGCUCUGGGACUACAGAAUGGGUACGUUGAUUGACCGUUUCGAGGACCACGACGGGCCGGUCAGAUGUGUUGCGUUCCACCCAACACAGCCGAUCUUUGUUUCCGGUGGUGAUGACUACACAAUCAAGGUCUGGUCCACCCAGACCAGAAAGUGCAUGUUCACCUUGACCGGCCAUUUGGACUACGUCAGAACGGUGUUUUUUCACCACGAGUUGCCAUGGAUCAUUUCCGCCUCCGAUGACCAGACCAUCAGAAUCUGGAACUGGCAGAACAGAAAGGAGAUUGCCUGUCUUACUGGCCACAACCACUAUGUCAUGUGUGCUCAAUUCCACCCUAAGCAAGACUUGAUUGUCUCUGCCUCCUUGGAUCAGACCGUCAGGGUCUGGGACAUUUCCGGAUUGGUCAAGAAGCAUUCUGCUCCUUCAGGUGCAAGCUCUUUUGGUGGUCAUUCGUCCAUGAAUCAGUUUGACCAGUACAACAGAAACCAACCUCCUCAGCAGGACAUCUUUGGUAAUACUGACGCGGUAGUCAAGUAUGUUUUGGAGGGCCACGACAAGGGUGUCAACUGGGCCUCUUUCCAUCCAGAAUUACCCUUGAUUGUCUCCGGAGGAGAUGACCGUGCUGUCAAGUUAUGGAGAAUGAGUGAAACCAGAGCGUGGGAAGUUGAUGGUUGCAGAGGUCACACCAACAACGUUCCAUGUGUCUUGUUCCACCCUACGGAGGAUUUGAUUAUCUCUGUUGGCGAAGAUAAAACCAUUAGAACUUGGGACUUAAACUCACGGUCUCCUGUGAAGCAAUUCAAGAGAGAAAACGACCGUUUCUGGAUGAUUGUCGCUCACCCUAACAUCAACUUGUUUGCUGCAUGUCACGAUUCAGGUGUAAUGGUCUUCAAAUUAGAUAGAGAGAGACCUGCCUCUACCCAAAACCAACUCCAGGAGCUCUUUUACAUCAACAAUGAUAACCAGGUGCAAAAGUACAAUUUUAGUUCCAAGGCCACUUCUUUGCCUCUAUUGUCCUUGAAAAAAAUUGCAUUACCGUGGAAUAAAAUCAAGAAUAUCUCUUAUAAUGCAUCCGAAAACUCAAUGUUGAUUCAGUCUGGUGACAACGAUACCGGUAUUUACUCAUAUUUUAACUUGCCAAAGGAAAUUGUUGGAGCUUUGGAACCUUCUGUAAGAGGUGAAGGUAAAGCAAAUUCUGCUUAUUUCAUUGCUAGAAACAGAUUUGUCACUUUUGUCAAAUCUUCUCACAAAUUGAACGUUCAUGACUUGAAUAACAACGUCACUAAGGCAAUUACCUUGGAUUCCGAUGUCAAGGACAUUGUCCCUGCCACUCCAGGAUGUAUCUUAUUACUGAAGCCAACCACUGUUGUCUUAUACGAUGUUCAACAAAAGAAGGAAAUCGGUUUAUUGCAAAUGAACAACGCAAAAUACGCCGUUUGGUCUAAUGAUGGCCAAUACUUGGCUCUCUUGUCAAAGCAUACCAUUGUCAUCGUCAACAAAAAGUUUGAGACUGUUAUGUCAAUGCACGAAACUAUCAGAAUCAAAUCUGCUGCAUGGGAUGAUACUGGUGUUUUACUCUACUCUACUUUGAACCAUAUCAAAUACGUUCUAUUGAACGGAGAUAAGGGUACUAUUAAAACCUUAGAAAACACCAUGUACAUCACUAAGGUCCAAAACUCUAACUGUUUCUGUUUGAACAGAAAAGGUGAAGUUGAAUGUCUUGAAAUCGACCCAACUGAAUAUAGAUUCAAGAAGGCAUUAAUCAAUAAGAAGUUCAAUGAAGUUUUGAGAAUUAUCAAAAACUCAAAUUUGGUCGGUGAAAACAUUAUUGCAUAUUUAGAAAAGAGCGGUUAUCCAGAAGUUGCUUUGCAAUUCGUGCAAGAUCCUGAAACUAGAUUCGAUCUUUCUAUUGAGUGUCAUGACUUGACCGUCGCAUUAAGUGAGGCCAAGAAGAUCAACACCAAACCUAUUUGGGAGAAACUAGGUAGAGAAGCUCUCAGCCAAGGUAACAUUGAGAUUGUUGAAUUAGUCUAUCAACAGCUUCAUCUAUUAGACAAGCUCUCAUUCUUAUACUUGGCAACAGGUGAUGAAAAUAAGCUAUCCAAAAUGGCUGAUAUCGCAGAAAAGCGUGAAGACAUUGGAUCACUUUUUACUAACUCCAUUUAUUUGGGUGAUGUUGAGCGUAAGAUUCAAACUUUCUUGCAUACCGGAUUGACUCCAUUGGCUUAUGCAACCGCAAAAAGCAAUGGACUUGAUGAUAUUGCCGAAAAGAUUUUGGCUGAUUCAGGUGUUUCUCUGAAGGAUAUUUCAUUACCUGAUCAAUUGUUGAAAAGCAAGCCUUCUGGUGUUUUAAAACCAAUUAACAAGACCACAAGUAAGAACUGGCCAUUGAGUGAAGCCAAAUUAUCAUUCUUUGAGCAAGCAUUAUCGGGUAACUUCGAGGACCUCCAAUUGGAAGACAAGGCUGUUAACGGUGUAUCGACAACUAAUGAAAAAUCUGAUUUGAUUGAUAACAGCUUUGCUGACGAUGAUUACAUCGAUGAUAAUUUAGGUGAAGAAGACGCAUGGGAUUUGGGUGAUGAAGAUCUGGAUGUUGAGUUAGAUAAUGCAGAAGAAGAAAAUGAGAAUCUUACUGAUACAUCCAAAUUACCAAAGGAGCUGAAAAGUUGGGUGAAGAACUCUAAAACUCCAGGUGCUUACAUUGCAGCCGGUAAAUUCGAUACGGCCGCAAGUAUGCUGAACAAGCAAGCCGGAAUCAAGAACUUUGAACCUUUCAGACAACGUUUCUUGGAAAUUUAUACUGCAUCCAAAUUGAAUAUUUCCACCUUCGACGAAGAAUCCAAUGGCAACUUACCUGUCUACAUCAGCGAUGUCGAGAAGGCAAACGACGGUAAGAUUCUGGGACUGGUUCCAGGUUAUGAUCAACUGGAGGAAUUGGUACAAGAAGGUUUCAAGUUGUUCAAAUCCAACCAGUUGGAGUCGUCCAUCGGAAUAUUUAGAAAGAUCAUCUACAUAAUUGCUACGUUGUCUCUAACAAGUGAUGAAGAGGAGAGCAAAUGCAAAGAGAUUCUAAAUAUCUGUAAGGAGUAUAUCAUAGGAUUGCAGAUCGAAUUGGCCAGACGUGCUUUGCCACCAGCAGAAAUCAAGAGAAACUUGGAACUUGCGGCCUAUUUCACUCACGUCAAGUUGCAACCUGCGCACCGUCUGAACGCUUUGCAAGUUGCAAUGACCCAAUCUUUCAAGGCCAAGAACUACCACUACGCAUCCUAUUUUGCUACCGAGUUCUUAAAGAUCAUGUCUAGUGGUAACAGGGCAGAGCAAGCUCGGAAGAUCCAGGCUAAGGCCGAAAAUAUCGCAACAGAUGCUAUUUCCAUCGAUUUCGAUCCGUUCACAGAGUGGGAAAUAUGCGCUGGAGAUUUCGUUCCUAUUUAUAAAGGUCAAGAGAUCGUACGUGAAAAGAUGUUGGGAGUCGGAUACAGCAAAUCGUGGAAGGGUAAGAUCUGUAAAAUUACACUUGUGAGUGAGAUCGGGGGUAUUGGAAGCGGAUUGCGUCUCAGAAACUGAUUGAUACAAUUGCCAGCUUCUUCAGCAAUCUGUCUUACCGAGUUCUCUCUACUUAUUUAUUGUUUAUAUUGUUUAUAAUUGUUUCUUAAGUUCAUUGAGUC